GCUGGUGGUAUCAGUAGUUAGAAGGAAGCAGAAAGCAUCUCAACCUGUUGCUUUUGAGGAAAGCUGUUUAUGUGCUCUGCAGCCAUCCAGAGAGACAAUAACAGGAAACAUGAGGCUUCUGCUGCUGCUGCUGCUGCUGCUGUUGUGUGGAGGGCUGGCCUCACCGUAAUGACUGGAGUCAGGUAACCACCGGACAGACCGACUCUAUUCCUCCUCUCAGACGGGGUUUCAGACGCGAAGGGGAGGCGGGGAGACGCAGGACUGCUUCACCUUUUUUCCACCGAUGCUGCCACUUUCAGUUUGCAGCAAAGUUUGUACAGCUUGAAAAAGUUUGAUCGGUUCGGCGACGCGUCGUCUGCCGUUCAUGCGACGACCGAGUCUUUUUGGACUCAACUCGGCGCGCAGGAGACUCAGGUGUUCCGUGUGCGUCGUGUGUUACUCCUCGUGCCAUAGAAGUAACUGAGCUGGAAAGAGGACUGCUCUUUUUUCGCUUUUUGUGUGUCACUUGUCCUUUCUUUUUCAAACUUUUUAUUUAUUUUUACUCCUUCGCUUUAUUGGACUUUAUUGGCCAAGUUUGAGCAGGUGCCGAGAUGGAUGAGGCGGAGAAGUACAAACAGCGACUGGAGGCCAUUGCUGAGAAGCGUCGCCUGCAGGAAGAGCAGGACAAAGCCAGAAGAGAGAUGGAGGAUGAGAAGCUCAGACUACAGCAGCUCAAGAGGAAGUCUUUGAGGGACCAGUGGUUGAUGGAAGGAGCUCCCUUGUCGCCGACCUCCCUGGACGCCCAGAUCCCUCGCUCCCCUCUGUGGGGCACACAGGCCCAGGAAAUGGAAAAGCACAUUGACAAGUUGCAGUCAGAGAGUCAGCGGUUGGCAGAGGAGCAAGAGAAGCUGGAGGAACAGACGGCGGAUGGCCAAACGAAGGCUGUAGAACUGGCAGAUGCUGCAGCAGAAAUGAUGAAAGAUGUUGUCCAGAAUGGAGAAAACAAGGCAAGAUCAGAAACAACUGAGGAUGAAGCAGAGGUAAACCAAAGUCCAGUUCUAGAUAAAACUACAGCCAUCCUAACCAAUGGUGUGGAAGCCAGUGCUGAUCACAGCGCUUCAGAACAGAAUGAUCAGUCAACCACAAAUGGACCAACUGAAGACACCGAGGCUACAUUGGGUGUUUCUGAGGCAGAGACUGGUCAGCUUUCAAAUGUCAGCAUUGAGGAGGAGGAGGAGGAGGAGGAGGAAGAAGGGACUUUGGUGAUGAGAGCAGAAUGUGUGAUCAUCACAGAUGAAGGGGAUGAUGUACCCGAGGAGCAUACAUCCCAAGAACAUCAGCAGGAAUUUAACACCCCUCUGUCAAAUCCAGAAGCAGGCGAAGAGGAAUGGGAGUUUGUGGAGGAGGUAGAAACAGAAACGGCUCCAGAAACUUUCUCAGAAUCAGUGAAGAGUGAGGCAACUGAAGUCACUAUAGGGACACAACCAGCAACCGGAGAUGGAGACAUGGAGGGUAGCAUAAAGACAACAGAAAAUGGAGCUGAAGAGACAAAUGCUGAAGGCCUGCCCAAAGAAUUGGAACAUCCAGUCUCUGUGGAUGUGCAGUCCCCUGCCAAUGCUCUAGAGGGCACUAUGGUGGCUCCUGUGCCUGUCUAUUCUGAAGCACAACCCUCCACUGUGAGUCCUGAGCUAGAGGCUGAGGGCGAAGCUUCAGCGGCACCAGAGGAGGAUGAGGCAGCUUUAAAAGCCCACGAACCGGCCUGUCCACUUGGUCAGUUCCAGGAGAUUCCCUUGGCCGAUCUUCAGGAGAACCAAAGGACAGAGGCGGGACCUGGGGAGCAGGAACCCCUUCUGAUGAAUGUCAAAGCCCCCAACAACAAGGCAGAGCCAGCAGGAGCUAACAGCCCAGCCAGCACAGAGACACAGAACCCAACCAGAGCCAGCCAGAGAGAGGAGACUGAGGCACCCAAACGCAAAUGCUGCCAGUGCUGCUCUGUCAUGUAAAUGCCCUCUCUGUACAUUCAUCUCCUCUCAGCCUCUUCAGUCUGUGUCUCUGCUGUCCCGUCGUCACUUUGUUCUAUGCAUCCAUCCAUUUUUGAAUCGGUAUUUUCACAAGCUGUUUCCCUUUCCUCCACUAACCUCUGCCAACAUUCCUUGUAUUCAUCUCGAAAUUUCCUCAUCCUCAGUCUCGAGCUUUGAUACUGCAACAGGAAGCAAGCCCUGUCCGACAUGAAGAGAGGGGUCUCAUGGACUGUAGUUUUCAAGUGCCUUAAGAAGCUCACUGCCUGUGACUUUGCUUUUAAAUUCUCCUUACAUAACACUGACCAAAACCUGAGGUGUUUUUUUUUUUACACUGUUUGAGUUUGAUAUGAUUUUCCUGGUUAGCAGAUGAGUCAGCUAUAUGACAUAAAACUCACAUUUUAGAUGCAGUUAAGCGAAAAGCAGACUUAAUAUGUAUAUUUUAAUUUGUUGUAACUACAUGUGUAAUUCAUUAAACUAUCAAAAUCUAAGUAUGACAUGUAACUGGAAAAGUGCAAAGAUCUGGAGAGGUCUGGGGAGCAUAUUAGUCUAAUUUAUCAACUUUAGAACUGAAUUAUUUUAUUGAUUUUGGACUUUUGGUAGAUUGAUUAAUGAAUCUAGGUAAAGUAUAGGGCAAGAAUAUUUUUAUUUACUCUAUAAUUCAGGUUAUGAGAAUACAUAAACUAAUAGUAUGCAAUGAAAUGGCCUCAUUUAUAAACAGUGUGCACCAUUGAAUACUUUGUGGGCCAUUGUCAAUUUUAGGAGAAAUUAUUUUAAAGUACCUGAAUGUUGUAUUUUUACCACAUGUGCUUUAGCAGAGAGGAACCAGAGCUACUGACAUAGCUCUGUAUAUGGAUGUACAUACUGUAUACAGAGAGCAUGUGCUACUUUUGAGUUUUGAAACGAUUGGUGAACGGUGUAAUGAUUAAACUGACAUUACUAUGCGCUCUUGGUGUUUAUCCAGCAUUUCUGUUCCUCAAACACUGGACUUGUCCCAAAACCACAACAUUGCUUAAUGCAAACUGAAUAAUGUUCAACUUUUUGUUUCGUGAUUUUUUUAUUCCAGUGGAAACAGAGCAAACGUCUGUUCUCAUUUCUUACUAUAAUAUGAAACGUGUGUACCAAACCCACAUAAGCAACUAUUUUAACCAGGAAAUAAGUGCUCUCAAAGUUCUUCAUGGUUUCUGUCCACUUAUGUAUUCUUCAUGUAUGCACACUCUUUAGGAGGCACAGAUGGAGCUUUAUUGUUCUCGAACAAUUUAAGCGAAGGUUUAGAGAACGAUAUUAUCCCACCACCAGUGCUCCAAAAAACUGAAAAUCAUUUGAGUAUUAUCAUUUCAUUUAGAUGUCGAUAUAGUUUUGCUGUUCCUGUAAAAUAUUCUGCCUCCUGCAUACACUGAUUAGAACAGGCUGUGUUAAAAAGUGAAGUCUUUUUAUAAUUACACCAACAUUGUAAGAGCACACAGCUCCAAACUUUGAAUCAAAGGAACUGUAGAAGGGAACUAAUGAUGACCUUCUAUAACAUUUUACCGACAGGGUGGUUUAGAGAGCACAUGAGUCCGUACCUGGUGCUCCCUGCAAUAUGUCUAAAAAAUCUUCCACUUAUGCAAGUUUGAGGAGCUCACCAAAGUUGACUGAGAUCACUGCUGGGUCCAUUCUUGUGCUAAGUUCUAUGGCUAACUGUGAAAGAAGCGCUGCAUGAGGAGCCAGUCCCUCUAAGCUAGAUACAAGGUGGAGAGUGGUCAGCCUGCUCCAGGAAUAAGAAAGUCAGCGAGUACAAUUCAUACAGUUGUUAUUCUAAUUUGCUGUGCUCUGUCCACAAUAACAGUUUGUUUGUCAUAAAGGUGACAUAUAAUGGAAAAUGCUUCUUUUUUCUGGCUUCUAAAUGCAAAUAUGUGUCCCCAAUUUCACCCACAGACAGAUGACCCAUGACACAGAUCUUGAGCCUGAUUGACAGUUUCUCGGUUGUGUAACUAUCAGCAUUGGCAAUAUGCAGCAACCUAAAAAAAAUUCUAAUUUACACAACAUAAUGCAGAAAAGAAUGUCUUAUCAAAGCAUCUCUGACUGAUUUUAUUUAGAAUACUCAGCAUUCCCUGCAGCACAUUCAAGAGAGUGAACAUCACAGCUGAGCAGACUGGUGCAGAGUCAACCAGUGUCUCCACAGUAACUAGUUUGUGAAAUACAGCACUGAAAGUUAAGAAAAAUGUCCCCAUCAUUUUCCCUUUUCAUUGUAAUUCUAACAUAUAUGUACACUUCCCAUCAAAAGUUUGGACACGCUUUUUCAUUCAAUGUUUUUAUUAAAUUAUUUUCUACAUUGUAAAUUAAUACUGAAGACAUCAGAGCUAUAAAAGAAUACAUAUGGAACUAGAAAAGCACUCGGAGAGCGCAUACCUCCGCCAUGCCGUUUGUCUGUCUGUCCGUCUGUGUGUCCGUCUGCUCUCUGUCCAAUUGAGAGAUGGCCUGGCGGCCAUCUCUCAAUUGUCCUUCGACCUUCAAAAAAUUCCUGGAUCCAGACGGUGAUUCAGAUCACCUCGAAAAUCUAAUCGAUUCUUACUCUUGCUCUUCCGGACAUCCUGUAAAAAUUUGGUGAAAAUCCGUCCAUGACUUUUUGAGUUAUGCUGUUAACAGACAAACAGACAGACAGACAGACUCCGGUGAUUACAUAACCUCCUGGCGGAGGUAAUAAAUAAAGAGCGUCAUUUUCUUUACUCCCUGAAAUCAAUAUGUCAGAAAAAAUCCAGUUCAAGUGAGGCUCUUGAAGGAUCCUCACUUUUUUGCGUGUCUUUUAAUUUCACAGUCUGUGGAUCCAAACUAUGUCACCCGUGUGACGUCGUUCAGUUUGCAGUCUGUUAUUGUUCGGGCAUAGAAACGCUUAUUUGCAACUCUGGCAGGGAGAAAAAAAUACAUUGCUUUACUCUCAGAUGAGUUGAAGAUAGAUCUCUGCCAUGUAAGCUUCAUUUACCCUCUCUGGCAGAAAGUUACCUGCUGGGUAUUGGAGCACGUGUCACUAACUGUGUGCUGCUGUGACUAAAAUACACCACAACAACCCAGUUUGCAAAGGUGUAAAUGCGAGAAGCUUUAUUUAUUUUUGUCAGUGACAAGUUAAGGAAACCUAAAGCUUUGCCAUUUUAAAAAUACAUUAUUGCAGGUUUGAAUCAUUUAUAUACUAAAGCAAAUCAAGGUCAGGGCUUAAUGUACAAGAGAGCUUCCAAGUGUUUUCAUUCCUUCUCAAAUUGAAACGUAUUCAUUACACCAAACUGAAAUGGCAGUGUGUACAGAUAGCAGCCGCAGAUAAUUUAUUCUUUAAAUGUGGCAUUUUAUGUUCCAGUAGAAACACUGAACAUUAAACACACUACAUUUCUCAGCACAACUGUGUGUUUUCUCUUUUUAUUACAUAAUAUUUGACUAAUUGUGAACACACAUUACCACAAGGCCAGUAAACAUUCAGUGUAAACAACAUGUAAUCUUCAUUUCCACAUGAGUGUCUUACCUGGAAUUUUCAGUAUUGCAAAACAGUGGUUUGCUAAAAAAACAAAAACAAAAAAAAAAGACUAUAAAAAAAGGAAAGCCUCUGUACCAGACACAUUUUCGGUGAGACACCACCGUACAACUGAGAUUAAUAUCCCAAUAGCGACACAACAGACAUACAGAGCCAUGUUUGCUGUAUUUGUCACUCUUCUCUGUUUGAUGUCAGUGGGCCAUUCAGCUCCUCUGGUCUGUGAAAAGUUAGUGAAGCCUUUGGAUCAGCUUGAUCAUCAGCAUUUGAUGGGAAAAUGGGCUGUUAUCGCGGGCAGUCUGAAAAAUUCUGACUCUGCACGUGGUUUCAACACUUCAGAGAGUGUAACUGUGGACAUCCACAACUCCUCAUACAUUCUAGCCAGUCGUGUAGAUGGCGAAUGCCAGCAUCGGACCCACUACUUCCAAGGAAAGGGCUUGUUGAUGCUGAGAGAGGAAAAUUUUAAUUUAACUGGAACUCUCUUAAAUACGUCCUGCUCAGACUGCCUGGUGAUGACUUUGGACAUGGAGACUCACAAUUAUAAGUCAAUGGACGUCUACUUUCUCAGCAAGAGGAGACAGCUGGAGCCGAAGGAGAUGGAGGAGUUCAGAGCUCAGGUAGAGUGUCUGAGCAUGCCUCCACCUAUUGUGCUGGAUCCUACAAAGGAGCUCUGUCCCACUGAGGUCACUGCGCAACCUGAAGAGAAUCCAGAGGACCAGAAGGGUUAAAACACAGUGAACCACCUUAUUGUGUUGAACGCAUAUCUAUCAAAAAGUACAGAAACACUGUUCAAUUGUUUUUCUCUGUAUGUUUCUGAGCAGACAUACCCCAAAAUGAAAAUUCAUGUAUUGUAAACCAUUACACUUGUAAUUUGUAUCUUUUUAAUUAUUCUGUAACUACAAAUAAAUUUGCUUUUAAGAUGCAA